GAAAGGGACGGGGGACGGACGGACCACUGUUGGACCCAUAUUUGCAUAUACAGUGAAGUGUUCUUGUUUCGUUUUCCCACACAAGAAGUGGCGCAAUAAAACGUCAGUAGCGUCACACGUAGCUCGGCGUGAGUAUUUAUAUCUGUGAGAAGUUCACGUUCAGCUUACUAAUAGACUAUGCAGCCAGAAAUAAGAACCGUCUUAUUUGGCAGUAAGAACUGACGUCUCGUCCAGGAUUUUGAGUCUCCUGUUAUGAGAGGUUGACACUGAGACAACAGGAGACGUUUUUAAACGCCAACAUGGCCAGCAACACUCUACGGCAAGCACUGAUAGUCAACCUCCAGAAAAAGCUUAUGUCAUUGAGUAGAGAUCAACUGCAGAAGAUUGCAUCUUUAUUUGACAAUGUUGAUGUUUUAAGCAAACCAGAACUGUACAACCUGAUUGUUGACUUCAUCAGAAGUGAAAAACUGAGCUCAUUGGAGGAUGAAGGCAUGACUCAGCUGCAUCUCUUGAAUGACCUGAUUAGUGAGUUGCUUGCCUCUAAUGUCGGUGCAGCUGACAUUACAGGUGUGGACCCAUCCACACCUGUAAGAACACAAGAUACAUCAGCCAGUCAGUCUGGAUGUCCUAAUCCUAUCUAUUCAGACCGGGAUUCAGCGCCUCCUGAUAAGGACACUCCCUUGCAGCCAACACAUACAACCAGCAAUGUCAAUACUCAAUCACCUGCACACCUGGACAGUGACGCUCACACCCCCAUGUCCCAGACGGACAGCAAUGGUUCUCCAGCAGGAGUCUCCACUGCUGCAACACCAGCAGAAUCACCUACAGAAGGAGAAAAUGAUCCUCAGAAGCAGCAGGACCCACCAGCUCAGGACUCUACUGAUAAAAAGUCACAAUUAGGAAGCGGCAAUAGAGGCUUCUUCUCAAAGCCAGCAGGAAAACUUUUCAUAGCAGGAUCUGCAGUCUUAGGGGGACUCGGUGCUGUGGCGCUGGCUCCUGUUGCUCUGGGGGCCAUUGGUUUCACCUCAGCUGGGAUAGCAGCGGGCUCCUAUGCUGCAAGCAUGAUGUCCGCUGCUGCCAUCAGCAGCGGAGGAGGGGUGGCAGCAGGAAGCCUGGUGGCCAUUCUACAAUCUGCAGGCGCUGUUGGUCUCUCUGCAGCUGCCUCUACAGCUGUGGCUGGCGUAGGAGCUGGCGUUGGAGCUGGCAUUGGAGCUGGCAUUGGAGCCGCUGCAGAGCUGGUGGCAGGGAACACCAACAAGCAAGAGGAGAACGAGGAAGGGAAAGAGAAGAAGGAUAAGGAAGAGAAGAAUGAGGGGCAGAACAAAGAUGAGGAAGAGAAGAAUGACGAGGAGGAAGAGGAGUCAGAGGGAGAGCACAAGAAGAAAAAAUAGAACUAGAAGAAAGAAGGAUUAGAUAAAAGUGUGAUGGAUGAAAAACAACAAGAACUAGAAAAGUUAUGUUCCUAUUCUUGUCCCCACAUAAUUAGGGUGUCUUUUUUCACUUUCUGCAUCAAGUUGUCUCAGUAUUGACAUUCUAUCCUUACAUUUACCACUCACUGGUUAUGUAAUUGAAGAGACCUCACACUACACAACUUCUAAGAUUGUUGAAACACAACUGUUAAUCAUCUAACUAUGAAAUUAUUCGGACAUUAUGCAACUAACUACUAUUUAGCAUUAAUAUGUUUUCUUGCCUUCAUGUUGGACUUUGUUUCAACAAGAAAUGAGACAAAAUGCCAAAAUCUAAAGCAAUCAUCUUGUUUUGUUGCUUUUAAAUUACUUGCAUAAUAAACUUGUAAUUUUUUAAAUAUA